AUUGGGCGGCGGUCACACUGGUUGCAAAAAAAAAGCGCGCGGCGUGUUUUAGCAAACAAAACAACUCCAGAUAUUUGUGGGCAUUGCCUAUCUACCUUACUAUUAUUUUGAUUUAUUACAAAAGUUUAGAAAACACCCAAUCGGCAUGGGAAUUUUGGGCUUAUCUAAGCUCAUUGCGGAUUUGGCGCCACAGGCCAUACGCGAAAGUGAAAUCAAGAAUUUCUUCGGUCGCAAGGUGGCCAUUGAUGCCAGUAUGUGUCUGUACCAAUUCCUCAUUGCGGUCCGCUCUGAAGGCGCCCAGUUGGCCACCGUGAAUGGUGACCCUACGUCCCAUUUAAUGGGCAUGUUUUACCGCACAAUUCGAUUGCUGGACAAUGGUAUUAAGCCGGUGUAUGUUUUUGAUGGCAAGCCCCCAGAUCUAAAGUCCGGAGAGCUGGCAAAGCGUGCCGAGCGGCGAGAGGAGGCGGAAAAGGCGUUGAAAGCAGCCACAGAUGCGGGAGAUGAUGCCGGAAUCGAGAAGUUUAAUCGCAGAUUGGUUCGCGUGACCAAGGAGCACGCCAGAGAGGCAAAGGAACUGCUAAGUCUGAUGGGAGUGCCCUAUGUAGAUGCUCCCUGCGAGGCGGAGGCCCAGUGUGCUGCCCUCGUCAAGGCAGGAAAGGUAUAUGCCACUGCCACGGAGGAUAUGGACGCCCUCACCUUCGGUUCGACGAAACUCCUCCGAUAUCUCACCUACAGCGAGGCACGCAAGAUGCCCGUCAAGGAGUUUAGUUACGAGAAGCUGCUGGAGGGUCUGUCCAUCAACAGCCGUGAGUUUAUUGAUCUCUGCAUCUUGCUGGGCUGCGAUUACUGCGAAAGCAUCAAAGGUAUUGGCCCAAAGCGGGCCAUCGAGUUGAUCAACAACUACAGGGAUAUCGAGACCAUUCUGGAUAACAUAGAUACGAGCAAGUACACGGUGCCUGAAAACUGGAAUUACAAGGUGGCUCGGGAACUCUUCAUUGAACCAGAAGUGGCCAAUGCCGAAGCCAUUGAUCUGAAGUGGGUCGAACCGGAUGAGGAGGGCUUGGUCAAGUUUCUCUGCGGUGACCGGCAAUUCAGCGAGGAGCGCGUUCGCAACGGCGCAAAGAAACUGAUGAAAUGCAAGCAGGCCCAGACUCAAGUGCGACUCGAUAGCUUCUUUAAGACUCUGCCCAGCACUCCGAAUGCCGCGAAUGCUGCCAAACGAAAGGCCGAGGAGGCCAAGAAGAGCGCCAACAACAAGAAGGCCAAGACCAGCGGAGGAGGCGGUGGCCGUGGCAGACGGCCAAAGUAAGUAGCUUCAGUUGCCAUCUGGAAAAACGUACAAUUCUUUAAUUUUAACUUAACCGUAUUUAAAGCCUAUGCAUACAAUAAAAACUACAUCUUUGAGCUUAA